CGCGAGGACGACGAUACGCGAGAUUUGCGACCGAGGAAAAUUCGUUCGCGAGGGCUCGCGAUCUCCGACCGGACGCUAAGCGCCGUGGCGCCAACCAAGAACUCAUACAAAUGAAUGAUUACUAUUUUUAAACGACGAUCAUCGGUUUUACUUUUUUUUUAAUUGACUGAUUUCUUUAACACUUAUUGUUUUCUUUUUCAUUUAAAAUUGUGUGAUUAAUCAUUUCUAUACUUCUUAUUCGAAUAGUUAUUGGAUGUUGUGGGUUUUUCUUUGGAUAGAUCGAACUUACCGAGAACAAGAUAAAUAAUAUGCAAUGCCACAUCGUUGAAUUGAACUCGAAACGCAAACAUGAAGAUAUCAAAAACCUUUUCAAAUGGAUUUAAGCAUGGACGUGAUAACAUUGCAACUCAUCCAAAAGCACCAAUCAGGCGAUCGACAUCAAACAAAGAAAAUGUGAGCGAAGAUUACUUUAAGAAAUAUCGUUAUCGGAUGUGGUGGAUUGAAUUUGUGGGGGAGAAGUGUUGGGACUUGUGAAGGGGACAUGUGGGAGCGUGUGUGUUGGGCGCGAAAAAUCGCGUGACGUCAUGUGUGCGCUAGUUUGCGCAACGGGACACCUUAGUACCGUUGCCGCUUCCGUCUUCGCGAUGUUGGUGGUUGUGGUCGUGGUGGUGGUUGAUAAUACCGUGGGAUCUUUAACAGUACAUAAAUAUAGCACGAGAGUGGUCAGGACUAAGUACGGGCCUUUAAGAGGUGUGAUGAUACAUAUUCAUCCUACUGUUGAAGCUUUCUUAGGGGUACCAUAUGCGACACCACCUGUUGGAAGUCUUAGGUACAUGCCACCAGUGACGCCGUCGAUAUGGAAGAACACUCGCCUGGCGGACCGUUUCAGUGCUGUUUGCCCUCAACGUCCGCCGGAUAUCGGCAACAGGACGGAAGCUCUUUUAGAAUUUCCACGAGGACGCUUGCAUUACCUCGAAAAAUUGCUGCCUUUGCUGGCGAACCAGAGCGAAGACUGCCUCUACCUCAACCUGUACGUGCCGAGGACCGUGAACGGUGACGAAGAACCCAAUCCCCUUCCUUGUAUAGUAUGGGUUCACGGCGAAAGUUAUGAAUGGAACUCUGGAAACCCUUACGAUGGAACAGUUUUGGCGUCCACUGGAAGGGUAAUCGUGGUUACCAUAAACUUUAGACUGGGAGUGCUUGGUUUCUUGAAGACGGGUACCCAGGGAAGCGCUCAGGGCAACUUCGGCCUAAUGGACCUAGUGGCUGGCCUUCACUGGCUCAGGGAGAACUUGCCCGCUUUCGGAGGAGACCCGGAGAGGAUAACCCUAAUGGGGCACAGCACGGGGGCCGCCCUCGUCAACUUUAUAGCUGUGUCUCCGGUGGCGAAAGAGCUACUUCACCGCGUCGUUCUCCUGAGCGGCUCCGGUCUAAGCCCCUGGGCUCUACAGCGAGAUCCUCUCUAUGUAAAAAGAAAAGUGGCCGAACACACCGGAUGUCACGGGGACCUCCUCGAGGACGACUUAUCCCCGUGUUUGCGACUGAAGCAACUGAACCAGCUGCUAUCCGUACAGUUAGACCCUCCUAGAUUCUUGCCGGGAUUCGCACCCUUCAUAGACGGCACCAUCCUUGUAAACUCCACGGCGCCCCCGCCCACCACAUCCGGAUCGCCCACCGUUGCAACAUCUGCCGGUUACGAAUUGGCGGACUUUCCGGACAGAGACUUGCUCUUCGUGCUGACUAGCACCGAAUCAUACUUGGACUUGAGCGCUCAGGAUCUCGAGUUCGGGUUCAACGAGACCCGAAGGGACCGUAUCCUGAGAACGUACGUCAGGAAUUCUUACUACUACCAUCUGAACGAGAUCUUUUCGACGCUGAAGAACGAGUACACCGACUGGGAGAGGCCGUCGCAGAAUCCGUUGAGUGUCCGAGACGCGACGCUAGAAGUACUCAGUGACGGCCACACGGCGGCACCUCUCAUACGAAUCGGCUACUUGCACUCAAUGAGGGGCGGCAAAACCUUUUUUCUACACUUCUUACAUCAGAGCGGCGAAAGGGAUUUUCCGCAGAGAAUGGGUAGUGUGAGAGGAGAAGACAUUCCGUAUAUUUUAGGAUUGCCUUUGGUUGGAGGAGGGCCAUUCUUUCCACACAAUUACUCACACCAAGAUUCGGUCAUCUCCAAAACAGUCAUACAUUACAUCAGUAAUUUUGCGAAAGGAGGACAUUGUCAGAUGUCAACUAACAAGGAUCCCAAUGGAGAAGUUAAGAAUGCCGUGAACGUCGACAUGAAGAACCAGCAAAGGAGUCACGAAGACAUGAAUCUGCCCUUUUGGGAUACCUACGACACUAUCAAUCAGCUUUACUUGGAACUAGGUAAUAAGCCUGAGAUUCGAAAUCACUACAGGGGGCAUAAGAUGUCGCUUUGGUUAAAUCUCAUACCUCAAUUACAUCGACCAGGUGAUACGGACGAUGUCUCUAUGAGACACCAUCACUUUCAAGAGGAGGGUGAUCAAUAUUACGAUGGUUCUGUACGACCACAAACGAUGCAAAAGCCUUCAUUAAUACACGUUAUCAUACCACCACCAACUACAACUACGAUUAAAGCUCCAACAGAAACAACUCCUCCACCUCCAAAAUCGGAUACAGCUGUCCAAGCUACAACCACGGAGUGUCCCCCAAAUAAUAGUUUAGUAUCACCAUCAACAAAAAAUGUGAAUAAUAACAAUCUCCUUAGAAAAUUGGCUUCGAGUCAUUAUCAAAGUUACACGACGGCUUUAACAGUAACGAUAGCGGUUGGAUGUUUUCUUUUGUUAUUAAACGUGUUAAUUUUCGCUGGAAUAUACCAUCAAAGAGAUAAAGGUAGACAGAAAAGGAAAAAGAAAAAGGAGGAAUUAGCUGAAGCGGGUAGUUGUAGUUCUUCUUCGGGAGAAGUUUACGAAACGAAGUCUGUGUACGAAUCUCGACAAGGUUACGAUCAUUGUAAAAGCGCUUACGAAUUGAAAAGAGGCAGUAAUUUUGAGUGCAAGUCAGUGCCUAACUUCAUAGGAGAGUACAGUUGCGAAAAAAGAUCUUUGGCUGAUGUUCAAAUGACCGAAUUACCUCUGCAAGAAUUUCAGUGUUCGCCCACGCAAUUGAAAAGAAUCGAUCCGCCCAGUUACCCACCCGAUUUGACUAAAAACGAUAACGGACAAAUGACAAGUCCCAGCAUACCGGAUCCUCCACCACCACCAAAAAAUCAACCCCCCGUGUGUAACCAAACGGGAAUUUUAAGACAUAGCGUUCCAACUACACCAAGCAUAAAAAAACGUGUCCAAAUACAAGAAAUAUCCGUUUGAUUCAGUGUCUAAGACGAUAAUGUGAACUGAUAUAACACUUUUUAUCAUCAUAUCUGAUUGUAAUUGAAGAACAAAAAAAGGUGUUUUUAUUUUUAAUUUUUUUCAACCACGCUGUGAUUUUUUGUUAGAAGGAAUUGUGCAAACUGUUUUAAUGAUAUGCAAAGGAUUUGUUGAUUAUUAAUGUUUUGUUUCGUAAUAUGACAAUACUGUUCUUGGUGUUAAAUGAUACUCUUACUCAUACAUUAAUUAAAUUAAAUCGAAAGAAUUUGUAUUGACAUCAUAAAGAAGGAAUUGUGUCAUUUUUUAGAAGAAACAAAUAUCAAAAAUGAAUAAAAUUAAAAAAAUAACACACGGCGAAAAUGAUAUCGGUAGAUCUGAUAUUAAUAAUUUAAGAAAAGGUAUGGAUUUGAAAUCAAAAAUGAAAUAAAAGUGAGUAUACUAAUGUUAGAAAAUCUUUUAUUGAAAAAAGAUUAUCCAACAUAUAAAAAUAAUUCCAAAAUACGCUAAAAUCUGUACAAUUUUUUAUAAUAAACAUUACAGGAAUAAAUAUAACAGAUACAAUCAUAUCCCAUUUUUAAUUUAAUGCUAUAAGUUUUCAUUUAGAAAUAACCAAUAACCAAAAUAGGAAUUGAUACGAAAACGCUACACAAAAAUUGGAAACUGUGAACUAAAAGUUUGUUAUGAAUCAAAAUAAAAAAACAAAGAGUAGGAAUUAAAUACGAUUGUGCGGCAACAAUUUCGCAGACAAUCAAUUUAUGUUGACCAAUUAUUUAGUUCUCAUUACAAGGUCUAUGUCAAAAGAAAACGACUCGCUAGGGUUUUAUGGCCUAAACAAUCGUAUUAUUAAAAGAAAUGGAAUAAACAUGAAUUGAAUUGAGUGCCAGUAAUGAACGGAUUUAAUCAAAAAAGAAAAAAAAUUAAAUAAUCGAUUUGACGUGAAAUAAAUUUUAAACGGGAUUUUUAACCGAUUUACUGUACAUUUGUCAUUGUAAAUAUGCGACGUUUUCUUUCUUAUGCAAAUCAAGAAAAAUACUGCCAAAAGGAUUCUUUUGAUUACAAUCUAGGAGGAAGUUGGAAAAGAUAUUGAAUGAGACCUGUCGAAGCAAAUUUAGAAAUUUAGGACAGUUCGCAUAUUUACAUCUAAUCUCGGUACAAAGACCGCAAACUAACAUAAAAUAGUACUCAAAUGGAAACCAGGAAAUAUAUGGAUACGGUAUGUGUAUUUGAAAAAGUAACUGUUUAAAUAAUUUUAUAUCAUUAAAAUGACGUACACUUAAUUGUAUAAAUAAAUUUAAAAAAACUAACAAACUACAUCCUUUAUCGAUGUGCGAGAAUGAUCUGUUUUUGUCAAGGUUAAAUAAAAGAAUUGUUAAAUUGGUAAAAGAUGGUCCGAAUGUUGUUUCUGUAUAACUAUUUCUGUUUGUGUAUUCCUUUUUUCAAUAAAAAAAAUGUUGAAAUA